CCCCUGAAAAGUCAUUCAUCAUCACGCGCUGUGUUCUGGUCGAGCUAGCCGUCGGUUUUACGCGCUAACCGGCGACAUGUUUUACGAACCGAGGAGUCGGUCGUAACGUCGCCCUUACAACUGUAACCGUAUCUAUUUAGCCGUAAAAUCAACUGGUGUAUCUUUAUCUAACUUAAGCGACACUUUCCUGUGUGGUGUGCUGGGAACUACCGUCUCGUGUUAUGGGAGAAACACGGAGGUCAGACGAGCUUUGGGCUGUCAGCGAUAAUGUCCGAGUAACACAAGCCUGCUGCCAGUCUGACAGCUGUCUGAUGAUAUUGUAACACUGAUCAACUUAACAUUGAAUCAUGCCUGGGAAACUGAAGGCCAAAAUAGUGGCAGGGCGCCACUUGCCUGUGAUGGACAGAGCCAGUGACCUUACAGAUGCUUUUGUAGAGGUCAAGUUUGGAAACACAACCUUCAAAACCGAUGUCUAUCCCAAAUCUCUGAAUCCACAGUGGAACUCAGAGUGGUUCAAAUUUGAAGUUGACGAUGAGGACUUACAAGAUGAGCCAUUGCAGAUCACAGUGUUGGACCAUGACACUUACAGUGCUAAUGAUGCAAUAGGGAAAGUUUAUAUUGACAUUGACCCACUGCUAUGCAAUGAGGCUGCCUCUGUCAUCUCUGGCUGGUUUCCCAUCUAUGAUACUAUCCAUGGGAUCCGAGGGGAGAUCAAUGUCCUUGUCAAAGUGGAGCUCUUCAAUGAUUUGAAUCGCUUCAGACAGUCCUCCUGUGGGGUCAAAUUCUUCUGCACCUCAUCCAUUCCACGAUGCUAUCGGGCAGCGAUGGUGCACGGGUUCGUGGAGGAACUUGUGGUGAAUGAAGAUCCAGAGUACCAGUGGAUUGACCGUAUUAGAACUCCUCGGGCCUCCAAUGAAGCCCGUCAGAGGCUCAUCUCUCUCAUGUCUGGAGAGCUGCAGAGGAAGAUAGGGCUUAAGGUACUGGAGAUGGGUGGGAAUGCAGUGGUCGGAUACUUACAGUGUUUCGAUCUGGAAGGAGAGUCAGGCCUGGUUGUCCGGGCCAUCGGUACCGCCUGCACACUGGACAAACUCAGCUCUGGAAGUGCCCCCAAUCCCAACACACACAUGCACCCUAGCACAGCCCCUGCUUCCAAUGCCUGCAAUUCCCCCUCUAAGGAUGGAAAGGAGCCGGUAUUUGGUGAGGACCUGCCCUCGUCCUCCGGCCCGCCUACCCCUUUCAGAGCCCUUCCCACCUCCUCCUCCUCUCCUCCCCCCUUCUCUCCCUCCAAGCCAUGCAGCCGCCAGUCCUCAUCAUCAGACACAGACCUCAGUUUGACGCCCAAGACGGGAAUGGGCAGUGGGGGCAGUGCCGGGAAGGAGGCGGGGCCUCUGAAGACCCUUCUGAGACAGCAGACACAGACAGCUCUGGAGCAGAGGGAAUUCCCCUUCUUCACUUUGAUGUCAUUCCCACCUGGUUUUCUGGUUCAUGUUGGCGGAGUGGUCAGCGCUCGCUCUGUUAAAUUGCUGGACCGCAUACACAACCCUGAUGAGCCAGAGACUCGCGAUGCCUGGUGGGAGGAGAUUCGCCAGGAGAUCAAAUCUCAUGCCAAAGCUCUUGGUUGCCAUGCGGUUGUGGGAUACAGUGAGAGCACCAGCAUCUGUGAGGAGGUGUGUAUCCUGUCAGCGUCCGGCACAGCAGCCAUCCUGAAUCCUCGGUACAUGCGUGAAGGCUGUCUAGACAUUGGCAGCACCGACCACAGGUUUGAGGAUCCAUCUCCCCCGAGUUGUGGCUUCUGUCACAUACCGUAUGAUGAACUCAACAUGCCGUUUCCUGCACAGCUCACUUACUGUUACCACUGCAGACGACAAAAGGUUCCUGAUGUGCUGUUCACAACAAUUGACCUGCCAUCAGAAGCAGCUGUCACGGGGAAGGGCUGCCUUAUCCAGGCCAGACUGUGUCGUCUAAAAAAGAAAGCCCAGGGAGAAGUGAAUGCGACGGCCAUCUCCAACCUGCUUCCUUUUAUGGAAUAUGAGCUACACACGCAGCUGAUGAACAAACUGAAGCUGCGGAGCAUGAAUGCUCUGUUUGGCCUACACAUACAGAUCAGUGUUGGCGAGAACAUGCUCCUCGGUCUGGCUUCUGCUACAGGAGUGUAUCUGACAGCCCUGCCGGCACCGGGGGGCAUUCAGAUUGCAGGGAAGACUCCUGGUGACUUGAGCAAUGAGCACCACAUCCUGACCAUCCAGAAAAAGAUCAACGACACUGUAGCAAAGAACAAAGAGCUCUAUCAAAUAAACCCUCCGAAAUUAUUUGCCCUGGACCCUGAAGUGUUCUGCGGCAUAAACAUGGAGCUGACAGAGGAAGCAGUGGGUUCUCCGAUCCCUGAGCCCAGACAAAGAUCCAGACUUUUUCGCUCUCACUCAGAAAGCUCUGAUGAACUGUCGGAAUUGGACCUAUCCCAUGGCAAGAAGGAUGCCUUUGUCCUGGAGAUUGAUGACACUGAUGCUGUAGAGGACAUCCACUCUCUCCUCACUGAUAACCCUCCUCCUACAGGUUUCUACAGCUGCAACACUGAGAUAAUGCCUGGGAUUUACAACUGGACUUCAGGAGUACAGAUGUUUUCAUCUGUGAGGGUCUUAAGGUUGAGUAAUGCCAAUCUUACUAAUCAAGGCUUGAACAAGAUCUUCACUGACCUGUGUGAGAAUCUGCUAAAGAGUUUUUACUUCAAGCUGCGCUCUAUGAUCCCCUGCUGUCUUUGUCAUCUCAACUUCACUGUUGCAGUGCCAGAGGAAGAACUCAUACAGGUUGCAGUGACAGCGGUUGCCAUGACAUUUGACAAGGACCAGACCCAGGAGAAGCCAGCAGAGAAGCCCAUCACCAAAGGGUCCAGUGAGACUGAAGAGCAGCUGCAGUUUUCGUUGGAGCUGUGUGCAGACUCUUCAUCCACCAACGCUCAACCAUCAUCCAAAAUCUCAGGUCUCCCAGAAAGUACCAAUGUCUCAUCCAGAGGUAAGACACCCUUCUCGUUUACCAUCUCCCCCACCUCCCUUCUACCAAAACUACUACACUUCUGUUUUGACUUUUCAUCCUUUUGUCUCGGACAGAAUUGUCCUUCACCGCUCCCAGACCUCAUCCACUUUUGUUCUUUUCUGUUCUUCUGUUUGUUUUUUUGUCCUGUUUUGUUUUUGUUUUGUUGUUAUUGUUGUUUGUUUUUUUUUGUUUUUUUUCCUUUUCUUGUUAUCGUUGUUGUUGUUGCGUGUAUGUACGUUUGGGUGUGUAUGUUUGUGUGUGUGUAUGUGUUCUCUCCAGCUGCCUCCGUUGAUUACGGUUCCUUUGCAGACAGAUGCAGCACCUGGCUAGAGCUGCUUAGGCUGAAAGCUCACACCAUAAGACGGGGAUCAGUUAAGACAAGUAGGAGGACACAGUCUCUAGCACACUCUGUAUCAUCUUUGGAUCGCAGCAGUCCGCUGCCCGAGGGACGUUCCCGCUCGCUGCGCUCCAACCGCUCAUUUGGAGGAAGCUCAGUCACUGUGGUAAAGAUGACGCCGCUCUCCUUCCUCCCUGGGCUGCGCAUCAUUAAAUACCUUGGGAUCAUCAACAUGUUCUUCAUCAGAGAGACAACAUCUUUACGGGAGGAAGGUGGUGUUAGUGGCUUCCUCCAUUCAUUCAUAGCAGAGGUCUUUGCAAUGGUUCGAGCCCAUGUAGCAGCCCUUGGUGGCAAUGCAGUAGUGUCCUACAGCAUGAAGGAGUGUAUGUUGAUGGAAAAUCCAAACAAGAACCAGGCUCAGUGUCUCAUUAAUGUGAGUGGUGAUGCCGUCAUCUGUGUCAGGGAAACGGACCAGGAGCCCAUGCCCUCAGCGGCAAACAUUGGACAGAGCUGUAGUAGCGGGACUGAUGAGGCUACAUGACAGUAAAACCCAAACCCUCACUCUGUCUGCAGGACACGCAAUCUGAGGACACAGUCUCUGAGUCUAGCCGUCCAAAUAUUAGUUAUGCCUGCCUUAAAAUGUUGUGAAUGAUCCCAAUGUCUGGACACAGGUAGUAAAGAACAAGUACUCACACACUCAAACAUGCAGUCUGUAUUAACAUGGAAGUGCAGGAUGUUUCUCUGUGUUUUUAUUUAUAUUAACAGAAUUUUUGCAGGAGAUACUGACAUAGCUCUUUUGUAAUUAGGUCAACUGAGAGUAUUUCAAGACUCAUUGGUUAAAACAAUAGCCAAAGGACCCCUCUGCAUCGAACUGUUGCCUAGGUUUUGCAGCCGUCCAUAUGGGUUUCACUAAGGAUACAGUAUCUUGGCCAUCCCUUUGUGUGUGGGCAUAAGUGACACUUAAGGCAGCUAUGACCAAUUUGUCCAUCCACAGAAAAGGGGAGUCGCUGACCAAACGGCCAUGCCAAAAGGGACACCGCAAUAAACCAUCGAAAACAUUUUUUAAUGCAGUCGUAUUCUCCCUCAGUGUUCUUGCUCUUGUUUCGAGUAACUUGCAGAUUAAAGUCCCAUCUGUCCAUUUCAAUUUGGCCAGAUAAUCACUGUGCUGGGGAAGGCAUGUAUUUAAAUUUGAACAUGCCUUGUGCUCUUCCUUAAAAUAGAAAAUUCACCCUAGAAUGGAAGUUUUAAAGCUAGAAACCAAACAGGCCACAUUUGUGAUGCCAUUUUGUUCAUUGGUUAGUAGCGGUUAAUAGUUCAUCUGUGUCCAGUUUAAAAUUUCUAAAUUUCUUUUGUGUAUAAAUUCGAUUUUGUAUAGCUGUUGUUGAUAAUCAUACUAUUUACUGUCACACAGUAAAUAGGACAGUAUUGCUCACAAGCAUAGAUAAUCAAAUAUCUUCAAAGUGUCAAAUAAUGAUGCUGCAGAUUAGUCUUGUUUUUAUUUCCAGGAGUGACAUGACAAGUUACUUGCAUCUCUAACAAACAGGCCAAGAUUACAGGCAUAAUAUGCACAUAUUUUUGUAGGGUGAGGAUUUUUGUUUUCUAACAGCCAUUACUGUGCAGUCAAAUGACCUGCUUCAUAAAUGUAUAAGAUUUUUUUUAUUGUUUUACAUUAAAGUGGUGAAAUUAAAUAGCAUAAUUUAUAUGCCUGAUAUUCACUAACAUCUAGAGUGAUUGGGUAAAGGUCGAAUGAGUGUAAAUGGAACAGACAUAAUCUUUGUUAUAUAUAUAUAUAUAUAUAUAUAUAUAUAUAUAUACACACAGUAUAUAUGUUGCCCUUUGGAGGGCUAACAGCAAGGGUAUUUUCAUAGAGGUCUCUGAAAUUGUUUUGACUGAAUUAAACCUUCAGUUGGGUGUAUUGAUGCAACUGUUGCUUCACUUGCAGCUUUAAGAUCAGUUUCUAUUGAUGCUUCCUGCUGUCAGUGUCACAUUUCACAUCUCUGUUUAGCUUCAUCUCUAUUAUUUUGACAUUCAUGGUCUGAAUCAUAAUCCUGCUACUGGCCUGACAUUGAUGUCCAAUGCUGGAAAAAAAGAAGAAAGAAAACAUCUCUGAUGUAGGUUCCAUUUAAAAAAUAAAGGUUGUAAAUGUUCUCUAAAAACAUAUUUUUGUAACAUAAAAUGUAUGAAACCUACUGCUUAUUUCGCCUGUGCAAUGAACUCCUGAUGUUUUGACUCAGUGUCAGAGAAUUAUUGGUACUCUAUUUGUGUGAUGAGCGGUUUGUGAUCAGUUUCUGAUAUUUGUGUCUAAAACUUGAAUGUACAUACUUAGAAGCAUUUGCUUUCUGACUCGCAGCAUGCAGACCCACUUUUUAUUGCCAUGAAUCUGUAUGCUCGCCUGGUAAGUCUUGCACAAUAAACUCAGUCAAACAAGA